AUGGGACCCAACGACUCUCAAGCAGUGGUCUAUCCGGUUGAAAACCGAGGCUCUAUCGGCUACUCAGACUCAGAGAAGCCCGAGCGCGAUGCACGUGUCAUACUGAAGGGUUAUGCCCACAUCUUCUCUCCAUGGACGAAUGCCAAAUGGGGCUUUCCAAACUUUUAUCGGAAGCCAGGCUUUGGGUACCAGAAGCUUGCUCAAUACCGACACCGAGAUUUCAUGGACCGCAUACAUGAGGGUGACCUCGAUGACCGCUACAUUUCGUCCUGGGAUGGAAUGGUCUCCAAACUUGUUGUGCAGGCUACUGAUGAUAUCUACGAGAACAACACAGGGUCUACGUACAGGCGUACGUUCAUUCGCAACGUGUCACCGAUAUAUAUGCGUUUAGCGAACUGGCCAUUCAACCACAUCGACCCAACAAAGAACAAUGGCAAACCCACAAACGAUGAGCUGAUAAAGCUCUGCGCGAAGUGGUUUCUCGCUUCUUGCGCAAUCACCAUGUUCAUUUCCAGUCCUUCGCCUGCCCAGAUAGAGGCUAGGAAUAAUGGCAACUAUGACUGCGUGCCGUAUCAUUGGUGGGGAUACUCGAAAGUCGCAAAGAACAUGAUUGAGACGGAUCAUCCUAGAAAACAGUCUCCGAGCCAGGCAAACCCCGUCGCUGAACGAAUAUUGUGUCCCCGUUUUUUGUGCUUCUUGCGUGAAGAGGGAAGGCCAGCCGAGAUCAUGGCCGUAGACAGAUGGACCAACGAACACAAGCAUGAUCGGGAGCUCGACUACAUCUUCAUUGCGUACACGGCUGAGCAGUUCAAUAGACCGGAGGACUUUAAAGUCCUGCAUGAGAUGGCUGAUGCAGCGGCACGUAACGCCGGAGUCAUAGCCUAUUGGGUCGGAUGUUCUUGCAUGCCUGACGGUCAACUCGAAGAGGACGUGUACCGCAUCUGCGACGUGAUCCGAGGAGCAAAACUCCUUGCCAUCGCGGUUGGACCCCCUCCCAACAACUCCUCGGAGAUCAACACGCCGGCCCUGAUGCUCCAACAAUGGGGUCGCCGAGUUUGGACAUUUCCCGAGGUACUCCUGGCGCCCGCCGGUAAAGAAAUCAGAGUGUACGUGCGUGGCAGCGACCUCUCACGACCUCGGCUGGUCGCAAAAAAUCAGUUCGCUGCGGAGGUAUGGCUGGAUGAUGCUAAGGUGGCACGACAGCUUAUCGACCAUUACGAAGGUAACCUCUUACUCAACCAGCUCGAGUUGGUCACGCUUGCCCUAGAGUGUCUGCACAACCGAGAUACCGAAAAACACUUCCAAGGAGACCAUUCCUACGCUCUGAUGGGCUUACUCAGAAUCAGACCCCAGAUCGACCCCAGCGACUCUGCUUUCCAAGCAUUUGCUCGUCUCUCUUUGGCCAAUGGUAGUGACCAGCUUCUGGAACGCCUGUUCUGCCUGCUACCCACGAGCCCAAAUGCGCCAUGGCACUCGAUGUCUGAUUCAUACAACGCCAAGCUCUGGGAUAUCCUCCCACAGGACGUCGGUAUCGCCGGCGUUGGGGAGGAUGACAGUAUCAUUCUCGAUGGUUGCCGAGCGGCCAAUGUCCGUUGGAAGUCAUUCACCCCUGUCGCCUACCUUAGCCGUGACUCCUGGAGGCGUAUGUUCUCCAGGAUAAUGUUACGUUCUGGAGGCGUGGUAUUCCUCGUCGCCAUUGGUUUUGUUGGCGCUGGGGGUGGAAGUGGAACCCUUUUCACACUCGGCGUUGUUUUGCUGGUCUACUCGUUAAUACUCAUGGCAUUGGCGCCAUGGCUGCUCCGUCUGCUCUACCUUGGCAAGUUCUGGGAUCAACAGUGCUGGUUCUUUGGGUUCGAAGGUUACAUGAACCUGGAAACCAUCGAAACCCAGAUAUUCGGUGGCAGACUCGGGCGCAUGAAGUGGACGGCAGCAGCUAGUCCCCUCUCGAGACAUGAGCGCAACAGGCACAACGAAUGCAUUCCCCUCGACCCUACGUCCGAUCCUGCCGUCGCAGCUCUCGUUGAACAAGCCAAGAGAGCCGGGCCUGGAGACCAGCGCAUCUUCACACUCGUCGAUACCGGCAACAUGACUGCUACGCUUUUCCUCGCCGAGCGCCCACCGGUCUGCUUCCUCAUGGCUGGAUCCGAGGGCGGCAUGAAGCGCAUCAUCGGCUGCUCUUAUGAUUGGACGACACAAACCAUGUAUAGGGAGACGGUGUUGCGUAUAGGAACACAAUUUGAUGACAAGAUGAGCCGCGUUGGUCGGGUCAAGAUUAGUCUUAAGCGCAGACAGAACCCCGUUGCUCCCUUGGCGCAAGUCGGCGAGGCCGUUGGGGGAAGGGUCAACUAG